UAUUGAAAACAUCAAAAUAUGACUAUAUCAAACUCUAUACUCAUGCAUUUACGAAGAUAAAGAAAAAGAAACUUGUAGUCAUAUCGUAUCAAUCUUUGUUUUUUUAAUCAAAAGUUCUCCCAGAGGAGAUUAAAUAGAUAAGCCAAAGGAAUAUAGAGGGGGGUUAUGCACCUCUGCAAGACAAAUAUACAAUAAUGAGGAAUUCAUCCUUACACUCUAGCUUACAGAGAAAAGAAGAAAGGAAAAAAAGGAUUGCUCCUCUCAAUGAAACAUACAAAAAGAUAUCUAAAUUCUAGGAUUUUUAGAGCAAGCAGAGAAGACUUAGCCAGGAUAAAAAAUAAAAUUGCCUCUCCUCACUCGGAUUCUAAUGUUAGGCUUGCCUACUACAUCAUUUUUCAAUGUGGAUAUAAUCUUGAAAGGAAGAUUUAUAGCCUCGGUGAAGAAGAGUAUGGAUCAGUGGGAUUAGUUUCUAGAAGAUGUGAUGUGUACAGCUACAGCAUUAUGCUCAUGGAAACUUUCACAAGGAGAAGGCCAUAUGAUGAAAUGUUUCACGAAAAUUUGAGCAUGAGGAGUUGGGUUUGUAAUUCACUACCUGUCGCACCAGAUGAUAUUAUUGAUGUCACCUUAUGGGAACCUGAAGAGACUGAUUUUGAGAAGAAGUUGCAAUGUGUGUCCUCUAUUUUGGAGUUGGCAUUGAAUUGCACAGUUGAAUCUCCUAAUGAGAGGCUGAACAUGAAAGAUGUCCUUGCAAAUAUCAUGAAGAUCAAACAUGAAUUCCUUCGCAAAUGAUGUGACAAGGUUUAUGCAACGGUAAAUAUCCAAUUUUUUUAAAUCAUUCUAAUGUCGUAUGGAUAGAAAUGAUCCUUUUCCAGGAAGUCCUAAGAAAAAGGUAAAACGAGAAAGAAGAAAAGCACUGAAGUUUUGAAACUUACUAUUGUGUUGGCUAUUCUCAUUAUUACUUUUUGAGUACAAGGAAAACUUCAUCAGCAAAGUAAAAUAAAUCAAGUAACUUAUAAGGAGAAGGAUCAACAUUUUUGUCCGUGGAAAUUGAGUUAUGAUGAAUUGUUGAAAACUUUACCUUAUGUAGAUAUUGGUUAAGUGAAAAACUCAAGUCUUCUUACUAUUAGUAUAUUUUGCGUGUGACUCAAGUUUGAUCCUGUUUAAAAUUUUGUACAGGUACUUCAUUGCCUUUUCGGCGUUAGCAAAUUUAGUGACCCCAAUUGAGAUGACAACCAACAUUUGGUCCAAGAAUUGCACUUUCUUGUUUCUUAUGUUUUUCUCUUAUGCAAGUUCUGAGUGUAUGUGUGUCAAAUAACUUUAAUAUAUAAGAUGUGUACUAAAGUUGGCAUGGAGAAUGCCUUGUAUAAUACUGAUGAUCAUUAUUAUGUAGAUAUCAGCUUCAAGAGUCGAUGCAAAGCA